AUUUUUAUUUUUGUUCCAAAGGUCACAGAGUAAAAUAUGGCGGACAGAAACACGACCGGUGAGAAACUGACGUUCCGUCUGGCGACUGCCAGCGACUAUGACGCCGUCAUGAACAUAUCUGAGGGCGUCUACGGAGGCAGGGACUACCUCCCGGCGUUCUACAGGUCAUUCAUGGCCGAUCCGGACGUCAUCGUGUUCUUGGCUCUGGUCGGAAGCCAAGUGGUGGGACUGCGAGCAUCCAAAAUCACCGAGAAUGGAACUGCAUUUAUCGUCAAAGCCGCUAGGGUCGCUCCUGACUGGAGGGGACAGGGAAUUGACCGGCGGUUGUCCCUUCACCAAGACGAGUGGAUGCGAAAGAACCAUCCCACGGUCAAGUACAAGCGGUCCACGGCGUUUUCACUCACGAAAGGCCUGGCGGAAUCUAUGACUAAGAAGAUGCGACAUAUAUUUAGCAUGCCCUUCAUAGAGUACCAGUGCGGCCCCGGUCUCUGGUGGCGACAGGACCCUGCUCAGCUGGCUCAACUGGAGCCCACCGGCUUACCGGACGUCGUGCCUCUACAGGACGCAGACGACGAGGUUUGCACGGCCGUACAGAAAUGGCUUCCCGCCGGGGCUUGUGGCGGCCACGACGGCAAACCCGUCAUACUGGUUGACUGGGAACCUUACACUCUAUCUCCGGCUAACUUAAAACGCCUACAAGCACACAACACUAUUUACAUGUUGAACCACGCUGGAGACUCCAGCCUAAGUCUCUCCAACACAUACCUCUCGCCUACAGUGAGAAUAUUGUGCGUCCAAAUCUACUCCGAGGACUUUCCCACCGUCUUGAAACACCUGUUGAGGCACCUGCAGGACACAAGUCGCACCUACGGCAGUGAGGCGUUGUGCGUGGGUGUGUUUGUUUCUCAGUGUGAGUUAGAGGAUGCCCUGCACGACCUCUGUAUGCAAACUUUACAAAUGGAACAGGUCCAAUCACGGGCGACAUCUUGUGAAACGUCCUUGGUCCAAGGCAAGGGACAGGUCAUGUUUUUCGAAUCUGAGAUGCGAUGUGAAGACUACUGAAACUACAUGUACGUCCUAAUGUCAAAAUAAAGC